CGGCGCUGGACCCCCAGGGAAUUCGAGAGGGGACCGCAGUGAAGACAGAAGUAAAAACGGAACGGAUCUGCGAUACACGGACGGAAACUGGCGACAGAACCGCAAAUCCACCAGGCAGCGCCCGCUCCGCACAGACAACGCACCCUGCCUCGCAUGAGAAGAAUCGAUCCCGACGGACGCGGGUCCUGGGCCCCGCCCCGGAGGCUCUCCCCGAGGACCAGCGCUUCGUCCGGAGGCGGUUUUCGGCGGUCCUGAAGCCCAGGGGGGGAGGCCGGCCAGACAUCAGCGGGGAGUUUCACGAUCCGGUUCCCUCGGAACUCGCUUCCUCGAUGCAGCAACCCUAGACAAGGAGGAGGCGAGCAGCGCACGGACAGCGGCCUCAACGACGGCGAGCUGUCAGGGUCAGGAGCGGCCGGCCACCCAGACCAGGCCAGCUCUGUACCAUGCAUUAAAAGAUUUCGCCGCACCGUUUAGGAUGACGAAACAGGCAAGGCAACGCGGUUUGUUUGCAUGCCAGACACAGUGCUGGAGCAGGCCCCCUGGAGGGCAACCAGAAAAUCUAGCGCGGAAUCGACCAAACGCCGAAAUCAUGAACAACUCGAAUUAUCAUCCACAAGCAACGAGAAAACAAAUUGCCAGGGGGUGCAGGAAGACGGGGGAGAGGAAGGGGACGAAGAGGAAACGAAAGGAGGAGGAGGAGGAGGAGGAGGAGAGAGGACGACAAGUAUGAGAAGCACCAUGGAGCGGAGGGGAAAGCAGCGCGACAGUGCCAAUCCGAAGCAGCACGCGAGGCGCAGCGAUGAGAAAACACCCGCGCACAAACAUUGUCUCGGGAUCAAAGCUGGCAAACAACACAUCUGACCUCAUCCUCGCAAGAUAUCCGGUCCUUCGGGGAUACCUGCGGCUGCUCCCGCCGCAGCGGGCGCCGGCGGUGCGCGCCGAGCUGGGAGGCGAGGGUGGCGGACCGGCGGCCCUUCAAGGAGGCAGGGGGCUGCGGGCGGUUCGCGCCGGCGUUGGGUCCUGACACCGCGCCG